AUGCCGCGUCUCGCAAGGCGCCCGUGGGCGAGACGGGCCCGCCGCUGUGCCGCCGCCGCGGGGCUCCGUCCAUUCUGGGUGCGGCGCCUUUUGAAGAGCCUCUGGCAGAGCGCCGCGCUCUGCUGGUGCUGGUGCUGGAGCAGCGCCGUCUUUUGGCUCCGCCUGGCGCGGUCCCUGGCCCGGCCCCGGCCCCGAACGAGGCCCCUCCCGCAGCUCCGCCCGCAGCCGCCUCGCAGCCGCCCGGCUCCCGCCCCGUCGCCGGCAGCUUCUCCGGUGCGAGCCCCGCCGCCCGUCAGCUCGGCCGCCGGCCCCGAGCCGCCGGAGCCCAGGGCGGCUCGGGAAGCAGCAGCGCCCGGGGCGGACGGCUGCCCCGGGCAGAAUGCCGAGAGCGCCGCGCCAGCCGCACGGGCGGAGAAGCCUCCCCUGGAGCAGCUCUACCGGGAGGGCCCGCUGCUGGGGAGCGGCGGCUGCGGCAGCGUUUACGCCGGGACCCGGCUCGCCGACGGCGCCCCGGUGGCCAUCAAGCGAGUGCCCCGCGAUCGCAUCUGGGAGUGGGCGCGGCUGCACGACGGCGCCCUUGUGCCCCUGGAGCUGGUGCUGCUCUCGAUGGUGUCGUGCUCUGGCUUCCGCGGCGUCGUACACCUCCUGGACUGGUUCGAGCUGCCCGACGGCUUCGCGCUGGUCAUGGAGCGUCCGGAGCGCUGCCGCGACCUGUGGGACCUGCUGGACGCGGGCGGGUCCCUGCCAGAGCCCGUGGCGCGGGGGCUGUUCCGCCAGGUGCUGCAGGCCGUGCAGCACUGCACCAGCCGCGGUGUCCUGCACCGCGACAUCAAGGCCGAGAACGUCCUCGUCGACCUGGCCACCGGCGACGCGAAGCUCAUCGAUUUCGGCUGUGGCACGAUCCUCCAGGACACCUUCUACACCUGGAUGGCAGGAACGCGCGAGUACUACCCGCCGGAGUGGAUCCUCUUCGGCUGCUACCACGGCCAGCCAGCCACCAUCUGGUCCCUGGGCAUCCUGCUCUAUCACCUGGUGUGCGGGCACCUUCCUUUCACAACCAGAGAGGACAUCGUUCGGGGCCAGCUCUUCUUCCCGCCCCGGGUGUCUCAAGAACAAGGUUGA